CCCUCUAUCCCACAAAUCUCUCCCAUAUCCCCAACCCCCUCUCCACUACAUUAAAUCAUAUAUCAGUUAUUCUUUUUUCUUCACCUAUCGUAUCUGCAAGCAAGAAAGCAAGAACCAUGCUUCAACUUCUAUUCAAGAAACCACAUCCGGAGGAACCUCUUUGUUCACCCAACACUAUUAUCAUCCCAAUUCAACUUCAGACAGAAGCGCUGUGGCGGCAGCGACACAUCUUCACGGUGCCGGCACCCUUCGCGCCAGAGGCAGCACCUCCCGGCAGCGACGGCAGCGUCGGGUGCAGCGGCUGGAGACGACUCACGGCGACGGCGCAGCGGCUGGAGAUGACUCACGGCGACGGCGCAGCGGCGCGGACGGCAGCAGCAGCUCCUCCCGGCGACAACAGCCUCUCCCCGACGAGCAGUAGCAGCAGUGGCGUCCGGCGUCGUGAGGCGAACGGAAGAAGCCGACGGGAGAUUUGGGAGAAAUUCCAGCCGGCGAGAGAGAAGAGAAGAGAAAAAAGAAGAGGGAGAGAGAAGAGAGAGAACCGAGAGUGA